GCGCGCGGAGCCUCGGGCUGGACCGAGAACGGAGCGGGAGAGCCAGCGAAGGGCGCGAUCCAGGGAGCGAGGCCCGCGGGGCCCGACCUGCGCCGGCCCCGGCCCGCGCCCGCGCCCGCGCCCACGCCCCUCGGCCGGCCAGCGGCGUUCGCUUCUUUAACUGAGAUGGACAUGGUAUAAUCUCCAUUGAGUCAAAGGAUGGCAUCUAGUCCUGUGCCUCCCACCGAGGAUGAACAGGUUUCCUUGGGCAUCGAUGAUCGCCAUAUUUCACUGCAAGCUAAACAGGAAGACACUCAGAAGAAAACCUUCACCUGCUGGAUCAACUCACAGUUGGCAAAGCACAUUCCUCCCUCGGUUGUAUCAGACCUGUUUGCAGACAUUAAAAAGGGGCAUGUCCUCCUGGACCUGCUAGAAGUACUCUCAGGACAACAGUUGCCUCGAGACAAAGGAUCUAAUACAUUCCAGUGUAGAAUCAAUAUAGAACAUGCCCUGACAUUCCUAAAAAACCGAUCAAUCAAGCUAAUAAAUAUUCAUGUUACUGAUAUUAUAGAUGGAAACCCAUCCAUUAUUCUUGGCUUAAUUUGGACAAUUAUUCUGCACUUUCAUAUUGAGGAGCUUGCCCGGACUCUUUCAUGCAAUUACAAUCAACCUUCCCUGGAUAGUGUGAGUGUGGCAGACUCAUCUCCUACCUCAAGUCCUCCAGCUAAGAAAUGCUCCAGAGCCCAAGAAAGAUGGCAGAUGUCUGCAAAGAAGGCUCUUCUCUUGUGGACUCAAGAGCAGUGUGCCCCGUAUGAGUCUGUCAAUGUGACAGAUUUUAAGUCAAGCUGGAGAAAUGGGAUGGCUUUUUUGGCGGUCAUUCAUGCCUUACGACCAGACCUAAUUGACAUGAAGAGUGUGAAGCAUAGAUCCAACAAAGACAAUCUGAAAGAGGCCUUUGGAAUUGCAGAACGAGAAUUUAAAAUCCCCAAAUUGCUUGAGCCAGAAGAUGUGGAUGUUGCUAAUCCCGAUGAAAAGUCAAUCAUGACCUAUGUGGCACAAUUUCUACGGUAUUCGAAGGAUGCAGCUGAGACUGGAGAUAAAACUCAGGGCAAGAUGAAAGAUGCUGUGGCCUGGUUAACUCUACAAGAGAAAAAACUACAGAAAGUGCUAAAGGAUUCAGAAAAUGAGACCUACUCUAAAAAGUAUGAAGGUCUGCUGUCCUUUUUGGAGUCAUUCAAUGAAGAAAAAAAGCCCUUUUUGGAUAUCCUGCCAAUAAAAAGGACUCCGGAUGAACUGAGUGAAGAUCAGUUACAGUUGAGAGAAGCCUGGGAUGGCCUCAACUACCAGAUUAAUGUGUGGAAAACAGAGCUGAAUCAUGCCUUGCCCUCACCACUGCAUCAAAUCGAAGCCUGGCUCCAGGAGAUAGAGGGGCUUAUAGAUGAAGAUUUUCCAGCUUCCCAGGAUUACUGUGAAGCCAUGGCUCUAAUACAAGAGAAAAUGACUUUAAUCAAGAAUCUGAUGGAUAAAUUUGAUUGUAAUUCCAAUACUCUUCUGACAUUUGAAAAUGGAGAUGAAGAACAUUUGCCACUGGUACCACCUAAGAAAUUGGAGGAAAUGAAAGGACGAAUCAACAACAUUUCGGGGAAAAAACUCAUUCCACGUCUAGAAUUUCAUUACUAUAAGUGCUCAGUUCUUGGUUUGCUAGAUGAAGUGAAAUUAAAAUUGGAUGUUUGGAACGUCAAAUAUGGGAACAAAGCAUCUGUGGAAUUGUUGCUGGAAGACUGGCAUAAAUUUAUUGAAGAAAAAGAGUUCCUAGCUCAACUUGAAUCUUCCUUUCAAAAAUGUGAAGAAAUCCAUAAAAAUUUAGCUGGACAACAUCAGGAUAUUAGUGAACAAUAUACAGCGGUGGAACAUAACAUUUGUAUGUAUAGAAAAAAUAUAUAUAAUGUGAAAUCCACUCUACAAAAAGUUCUGACAUGUUGGGCUACUUAUGUGGAAAAUCUUCGCUUACUCAAGGCUUGUUUUGAGGAGACAAAGAAGGAACAGAUGAAAGAGGUUCCCUUUGAGACACUAUCGCAAUGGAAUAGAGAACAUACUACUUUAAAUGAAGUGGGAAAUUUCUUAAUUCAAGUCAGUAAUGAUGAAGUUGGAUCCUCUAUUUCUAAAGAACUGAGAAGGCUGAAUAAAAGAUGGAGAAAAUUUAUUACAAAAACCCAGCUUGACAUGAACCUGCCACUUAUAAAAAAACAGGAUCAGCCCAAUUUUGACAAUUAUGAAAAUACUCAGCUAUCUAAAGAAGAGAAAACCACUGUUGAUUUUUCAACAGAUAUGUCCAUAGAACUUCCUGAAAAUCAUAAUGAGAAUAUAAAGGCUGGGGAAGAACGUGAAAAAGAAAAUGAAUUCACAGGGCAACUCAAAGUGGCUGAAGAGGUUGAAAAACUUAUUGGACAAAUGGAAAUCUGGGAGGCAGAAACCAAAUCUCUUUUGGACAUUCUGAGGCGUCAAGAGGGUAUAGAUGCCUCAGUGGAAGAAUCUUUGCAGCAUCUUAUUGCCAAAGGCUCUAUGUACGAAGAGCUAGUCUCUAGAACCGAAGAUACCUUACAAAUGGAUGUGCAAAAUAUUUCAAGCCAGGAGUCCUUGCAACAUGUUCUCACAGUUGGGCUUCAGACAAAGAUUCAAGAAGCUAAAGAGAAAGUUCAGAUCAACAUGGUAAAAUUAAUUGCAGUGUUAAAAAACUCAACUGAUGCUUCACCAAACUUGGAUGUCAGGCUGAGGGUGGAGGAAUCACAGAAGGAACUUGAAUCAUAUAUGACAAGGGCUGAGCAAUUACUUGGACAAAAAGAAAGCCGGAGUGGACUGAUUUCAAAAUACAAGGAAGCACUAAUAAUUCUUAAUUCUAAAAGUCUGGUCAAGUAUUUGAAAGCUGUUGAAGAACUGAAAAAUAAUGUAACCGAGGAUGUGAAGCUAUCUUUGGAAGAAAAGAGUAGAAGUGCCUGUGCCAAGUGGGAGUCUCUUCAUCAAGAGAUGUCUUUGUAUAUUCAACAACUGAAAAUAGACAUUGAAAAGGAGAAACUCAAUGACAAUAUUUCAAAACUUGAAAAACAAAUAAAUAAAGAAAAGAAACUAAUCCGCAGAGGGAGGACCAAGGGUCUCAUCAAGGAACAUGAGGCCUGCUUUUCUGAGGAAGCCAGUCUGUACCAGCUAGAUCACCACAUGGAUGUCCUGCGGGAGCUAUGUGAAGAGCUGACUUCACAGAAGAGUCAACAAGAAGUGAGGAGAGCACUCAAGGAUUAUGAACAAAAGAUAGAAAGACUUAGGAAAUGUGCUUCUGAGAUUCAUAUGACACUGCAACCCACGAUGGGAGGCACGUCAAAAAACAAGGAGACCACGAACCCAUCUGAGAAUGGAGGAAGGGAUUCCCACAGUGAGGUGCCAUCUGUAAAAUCAGAGAAUCAGCCAUCAACUGAAAAGGCAAUGGAUUCGAUUAAAAAUUUUAGCCUGGAAUCCAAGUUAAAGCCUCAACCGGAAGAAAACUUUAUGAAGGAGUGUGAAAAGGAUCACAAUGCAGCUGUCAGUAGUUUACAAGAGAGGCAUGAUAUGCACAGAGAAAAUCUUGAGCUGUACCUAGAAAAGAACAAAUUCAGAAUAAUUUCUGAUUUCUCCAGUGACAAGGAAAGGAGUAGUGCUUGUCUGCAGGAUAAACUGACAGAUCUACGGGUUUUAAAAAAUGAAAUUGAUGCUUGCUGGAAAGAGUUUGAAAUCACUUCAUUGAAGUUAGAAGAGCUUGACAGUGAUGUAAAGAAGCCUUUUAUAAGUAACAUGAGAGACAAAUUAAAGGAAAAAGAAAGAGAGUUUCAGAUGACUCUUAAUACCAGAAUGGAAUCUUUGGAAACUGCACUAAAGAUUGUGUUACCUGUGGAGAAGGAAUCACUUCUACUCUGUGGCUCAGACCUGCUCCUCCAUGAACUAGUCAUUCAAGAAUUUCAUCUCAUUGAUGCUGAUGGCAUUUAUCAAAACCUGAGGAAUAUUCAAGAUUCCAUUGCCAAACAAGUUGAAAUAUGUAACAAUGUGGAACAGUCUGGCGACUUUGCAUUAAAGGACUUAUACCCAGUUGAUGUACAUGCAACCCAGAAUAUUAUGCUGAAACACAGAACACAACUGGAAGAAGCAAACCACAAGGUACAGAGGAAUAAAGAUGCCCUCAAAGCUCUGGAGGAGUUUCUGGCUUCUCUGAGAACAGCUGAGCUGUCUUUUGAGCUUUCAGCCUCAGAUACACAGGUGGUACCAGAAGACACUUUGACAGUAGAAAAUAAAAAAGGAGAAAUUAAUCUGAUGAAGGACCAGGCCAGACAUUUGGAUGAACGUUUGAAGAUGCUCGGCAUAAGCUUUAAAGAUGCUGAACGAGGUGAUGACACCUGUGAUAAACUUCUUGAUGCUUUGUCCAGGAAGUUAUUUGAGACACGUGGCUAUGGUGUGCAGGAAGAGCUCACUGAAGAAAACAAAUUACUAGAGACUUGUAUUUUAAAAAAUAAUGAACUCCUGAGAAAUAUUCAAGAUGUGUACAAUCAAAUCAGUAAGAUCAGUCUUAAGGAUCCCACCGUUCCAGCUGUGAAACAACGGAAAAAAUCACUAAUGAAAUUGGAUAAGGAUCUAGAUGAAUAUGAAGAAGAGAAGAAAUGCUUGCAAGAAAUGGUUAAUUCUCUUCCACAAUUCAAAGAUGGCAGAGAAAAAUCUCUGAAUCAGCAGUUCCAAAAUACAGUGCAUUUGUGGGAGAGUACAAAAACUUCAGUCACUGAAUGCCUUGACCAAUGUGAAAGAGUUUUGGAGCUUUUAAAACAAUAUCAGAAUUUUAAAAGUGUCUUGACUGCUUUGAUUCAAAAAGAAGAGAGUAUCAUCUCCCUUCAGGCUUCCUACAUGGGAAAAGAGAACCUGAAGAAAAGGAUAGCAGAGAUUGAAAUUGUCAAAGAAGAAUUUAAUGAACAUUUAGAAGUUGUAGACAAGAUUAACCAGAUCUGCAGAAAUCUACAAUUUCAUCUAAAUAAAAUGAGAAUUUUUGAAGAGCCUCCUUUUGAAAAAGAAGCUAAUAUUAUUGUGGAUAGAUGGCUUGAUAUAAAUGAGAAGACAGAAGACUACUGUGAAAAUCUUGGUCGAGCCCUAGCUUUAUGGGACAAACUUUUUAACUUAAAAAAUGUCAUCGAUGAGUGGACUGAAAAGGUCCUUCAAAAAAUGGAAUUACAUCAAGUGGCUGAAGAAGAAAGAGAAAAGCUGAAGGAAGAGUUACAAGUCCAUGAACAAAAAUCUUCAGAGUUUUCUAAAAGAGUGGCUAAAAUACAGUUUCUCCUUCAAAGCAGUGAAAUGCCUCUUGAAUUGCAGGUCAUGGAGUCUUCCAUUUUAAACAAGCUGGAGAAUGUAAAAAUGCAUUUAAUAGGAGAAUCCAACUGCUCUGCACUCAGUGGCAGCACAGCUGAGCUAAGGGAGGAUCUUGACCAAGCCAAGACCCAGAUGGGAAUGACUGAGUCCCUCUUAAAAGCGCUGUCUCCUUCUGACAGCUUAGAGAUCUUUACUAAACUAGAGGAGAUACAGCAGCAAAUCCUACAACAAAAGCACAGUAUGAUGUUACUUGAGAAUCAAAUAGGUUGUCUGACUCCUGAACUCUCUGAAUUAAAAAAGCAAUAUGAAAGUGUCAGUGAUUUAUUUAAUACUAAAAAAAGUGUCUUGCAAGAUCACUUUUCUAAGUUAUUAAAUGAUCAGUGCAAGAACUUUAAUGACUGGUUUGGCAACAUUAAAAUGAACCUUAAAGAGUGUUUUGAAUCAUCAGAAACAAAAAAAAAUGUGGAACAAAAGCUACAAAAACUUUCUGAUUUCUUGACUCUUGAAGGAAGAGGCAGUAAAAUACAGCAGGUGGGAACUGUACUGAAUCAUGUGAAAAAGCAUCUACCAAAAGCACAUGUUAAGGAGCUUAACAGUUGGAUUAUAAAUCAAGAAAUUGAAUUGGAAAAGAUGGAUUCCAUUUGCCAGACCCAAGCAAAAGAGCUUAAUGACCACUUGCAGCAGCUACUGAGACUCCAGGAUGACCACAGAAAUCUGAGCAAGUGGCUGACAAGUCAGGAAGAGAAAUGGAUAGAAAUGGAAAAAUCAGGAGAGAAAACUGAGCUUUUUUGUGAAGCUGUAGCUGGAAAGAGGGAACAGUUUGAAUCUAUGGCCCAGUUGAACAGUUCUUUGAAGGAAUAUGGGCUCACUGAAGAAGAAGAAAUAAUAAUGGAAUCAACACACUUGAUUGAUAGAUAUCAGACAUUUUUGAGACAAUUAUGUGAAAUUGAUGAAGAGGAUAAGUUACCUCCUACAGAGGACCAGAGCUUUAAUGAUCUUGCACAUGAUGUCAUUCAUUGGAUAGCAGGGAUUAAAGAGUCCCUUAUGGUUUUGAAUUCAUCUGAAGGCAAAAUGCCACUUGAGGAAAGAAUCCAAAAAAUAAAGGAAAUCAUUUUACUAAAGCCUGAAGGGGACGCUAAAAUACAGACCAUCAUGAGUCAGGCUGAGAGCAGCAAGGCUCCGUUGGCUCCAAAGACCCUUACUGAUAUCAAGAACCAAUGGGACAACACACUCCAUUUAGCCAACACAUAUCUAAGCCAUCAAGAAAAGCUUCGACUAGAAGGAGAGAAAUAUUUGCAAAGCAAAGAGGACCUGAGGUUAAUGCUCACAGAACUAAAAAAGCAACAGGAAGCGGGCUUUGCUCUCCAACAUGGUUUGCAGGAGAAGAAAGCCCAGUUAAAAAUUUAUAAGAAAUUCCUCCAGAAAGCACAAGAUUUGACAUCGUUGCUAAAAGAGUUAAAGUCUCAAGGAAGUUACCUAUUAGAGUGCACUAAAAAUCCCAACUUCAGUGAAAAGCCUUGGCUGGAAAUAAAGCAUCUCCAUGAAAGUCUCCUCCAACAGCUACAGGAUUCUGUGCAAAAAUUGGAAGGUCAUGUUCAAGAGCACCACUCAUACCAGGUUUACGUCACAGAUCUGAAUACUGCAUUGGACGAUAUCUCCAAGGAAUUUGCCAGUUUUUCUGAUAAGCCUGUGGAUCAAAUACCAGUUGAGGAAAAAGUGCAGAAACUGCAGGAACUAGAGAAUAGACUCCGUUUACAAGAUGGCAUAUUAAAGAAGAUUUUAGCUUUAGCAAAAUCCAUCAAGCAAAAUACAUCUUCAGGAGGACAGAAGAUUAUUAAAGAUGAUAUAAAGUCACUUAAGUGUAAACAAAAGGAUUUGGAAAACCAGCUUGAAUGUGCUAAGCAGGAGUCAGAAAAUUAUCUCAAUAGCAUUCUCAAAUCAGAACGCUCAACGGAACAGAAAGAAAAGUUUCCUCUGCCAGGCAGAGAGAAGGAGGUCACUUCUGAUGUGCAGGAGCCCACUCAGGACUCAGCUGUGCUGGAAAAGUUUGAGGAAGACCGAGAAAUAAACAAGAAUUCAGCUGUGGAAGUGGUUUUGUCAAAACAACUUUCUCUCAAUGUUCAAGAAAGCAUGAAAAACACUGAAGAUGAGCAUAAAGUCAAUGAGCUGCAAAAUCAACCUUUAGAAUUAGAUGUUAUGUUAAGAAAUGAACAAUUAAAAGAGAUAGAGGAAUUAUAUGCCCAGUUGGAAGCAAAGAAAAUAGCCACUGAACCACUAGAACAAACUGAAUGUCUCAAUAAAGCAGAAGCAAGUGCCUUGGUUCUUCACAGUACAAGAUAUUCAGUGCACCACUUGGACAGUCUGCUUCAGGCACUUAUUACUUUGAAGAAAAAGAAAGAAAGCCAAUAUGAACUCCUUAACAAUUUUCAGGAGCACCUUGCUGCAGUUGAAUCCUCAGUGAAAGCCUUGCUGACGGAAAAGGAAAGUCUAAAAGUGGGACCACUGGACAGUGCAACCUAUCUGGACAAAAUUAAACAAUUCCUAGCAUCAAUAGAAAAAGAGAAAGAUUCUUUAAGCAGGUUGAAAACUGAAUGGGAAAAUGUAUCGAACUGUCUGACUGACAUGGAUAAGAAGUUACUGGAAAGUCAGAUCAAGCAACUCGUAAAUAGCUGGGAACAAGUGGAACAACUGGCUCAAAAGAAGUAUUCUCAGCAAGUAGUGGAACAUGAUGAAUUUACGCUUCUGAUGAAUCAGAUCCAAGACCUUGAAAUUUCCGUACAGCAGCAGCGGCAGAGUCUACAGUUAGGUCUGAACUCUAUGGAAGAACAGGAUGGGGGCCCAAACACAAUUGCCUUGGCCACUGAACUCCAGAAUAUGAAACAUCAAUUUUCUGUUUUAAAAGGGCAAGCUGAAUUUCAGAUGAAGAGGAUUUGGGGGGAAAAAGAAAAGAAUGCUUUGGAAGAUGCAAUGAAUAAUCUGCAGAAGCAAUUAGAAGCCUUGGAGCCAUUAAACAUAAAGGUGGAAAAUCAGAUCAAAAAGUGUGAAGUAAGGAACAAGAUGAAAGAGAUUAUCCAGUGGGUCAAUAAUCUGCUAGGUGAACUCACCCCUGCCAUUUCCCUUUUCCCGGAUGAUAUUCUUUCCCAGAUCAGAAAAUGCAAGGUUAAACACGAUGGCAUUCUGGAUAAGCAGCAGGCUGUAGAGUCAUUGGUUGAAGAGGUCAAAAAGAAUAUUCCUAACCUUACAGCAGAUGAGAGCAAUGAUUUAAAUCACCUCCUACAGGACUUACAGAAUCAAUACCAAAUGCUGAUUUUAAAGUCAACUGAAAGAUCACAGCAAUUAGAAUUUAAAUUGGAAGAAAGAAACAGAUUUAUUGCAGUAAUAGAGAAGGUUCAACUUUCACUUCAAGAAAAUGAAGCACAGAUCAUUCCCAAGAUGAAAACAGCAUCCACAGAACCUGAACUAGAACAGGAGCAUGUCACUUUGACGAGUUCUCAGGAGGUAUUGCAAGAAGCAGAGAGUGUAAUCUCAGCUCGCCUUCAGGAACAGGCAGACGUCUGCAAGGAUCUAUGUGUGUUUGAAAGAUUAUUUCUGGGUGACCAACUGAAAAAUCUGAAGACUAGAGCUAACAGAACACAAAGAGUCAUACAAAAUAAAUGCAAUGAAGUAGAAUGCAAGAUACAUUUUUACAGAGAAUACCAUGAAAAGGCAUCUGUGCUUCAGAAGGAGGUUGACCAUAUACAGCACAGUGAGCUGCCACUAAAUCAAGAAAUACAUGAAGAUGUGAAGGAGGAGCUGUAUAGUCUUAAAGACCGAAUCACUGGUGUUCAGUCUCGCAUCCUACAGAUACUGAAACUCAAAGAAGUGUUUGACUCUCUAGAACUAAACUGGGAUUCUUCCCAGCUUGACCAAUUACAAGCCCAAGUGUUUGAAAAAGAAAAGGAACUUGAAGAAAAAAUUAAGCAGCUGGACACACUUGUGGCAGAACGUGGCAAAUAUCAAGCAUCACUUAGUAAACUGAGGGCUAUGGAUUUGCAAAUUAAGACAAGAGCUGAAGCACUACUGGAAAUGCCCCAUGCCUCUCCAGCAAACAGUCUGCUCAGUGCUCAAAUUUUGCAGCGCAGAAUUGAGAAAGCCAUGUGCUUGUGUCAAGAGAUGAUAAAGAAUUUAAAUCAAAGUAAGACCUUUGAUGACUCAUUCAAAGAGAAAGAAAUCCUGCAAAUAAAGCUGUGUGUGGAAGAAAAUGACAAGUUACACAAGAUUCUCCAAGACAAAGUACUAGAAUCCCAACCAAAGGAAAUGGGUGAAAAGAAUUUUCAGGACAAACUGGAAAGUUCCUUACAUGUUUUGAAUCAGAUAAAGUCUCAGUUAGAGCAGCCUUUACUCAUAAAUUUGGACAUUGAACAUAUUCAAAAUGAGAAGGAGAAUUGUGAAGCAUUUCAAGAGCAAGUUCAGGUGGAAAUGGAUAGCUUGAAAGCUAUGACCCUUAUUGAGAAGCAAAGAGAAGAAAAUUCUUUGGAAACUUGUGAAGUGGAGACAAAAUUGCAUGACAUUGAAGAUCUUCACAUGCAGCUUAAUACAAGCAUUGAUUUAUGCACAGAUGUCUUGAAUGAUGCUUAUGAAAGUAUGACACGCUAUAACGAGGCAGUCACUAGGGCAAUGGGGAUCUUUACUGCCUGCGAAGCCAUUGUUGCAUCCCAUAAAGUAGACCUUGAUAAUCCAGAAGAACCACUGGAGAUGUCUUACUGGAAACAAGAGGAAUUACAAUCCACAAUGGCAGACAUCCAGGACCUCACUGAGAAACUGGGAACUAUAUCCAGCCCUGAAGCCAAACAACAACUCCAGUGUACUUUACAGGAAUUAGUUUCUAAGGACUCAGCCAUGAGGGCGGCAGCCAAACUAAAGAAAAGUGAAAUAGAAAGGUGUCUUGAGAAUUACAAAUGCUAUAGAAAAAUUAAGGAGAAAGUUUGCACUAACCUAAGCCAAAUGGAGACAGUUCUUGGGCAGUCCAUGUUUCCGUUGCCAGUAUCUUACAAAGAAGCUUUAGAGCGCUUGGAACAGAGCAAGGCCUUGGGGUCAAAUCUUUUAUCAACCAAAGAAGAGUUCAUGGAACUACGUCAGGUCCUCAGACACCUGAGACCCAUGUGCACAGACAGUGAUGACAGGUGUUUGCUCAGAACUACACUGGCUCUGUGGGACAAAUGGUUGAGUUUGUUGGAGGCUGCUAAAGAAUGGGAGCUGUGGUGUGAAGAGCUGAAGCAGGAGUGGAAAUUUGUCAGUGAAGAAAUUGAACGAGAAGCAAUUAUUUUAGAUAAUCUUCAAGAAGAUCUCCCUGAAAUUUCAAAAACAAAAGAGGCAGCCACCACGGAGGAGCUCUGUGACCUGCAAGACUGUUUAUGCCGUUACCAAGAAAAUGUGGAGAAGCAGGAGUUGUUACUGACCUUACUCUUUCAGCGCAUGAGAAGUAUCCAAAAUGCUCCCAAAAGCUUAGAAGCUGUGGAAACUAUUCCAACAUUUCAAGAGAUUACAUCAAUGCAGAAACGAUGCAACAAGCUUUUUCAGAAAGCUCAAGAAAAUAAGGAAUUGAUGGAGAAUGAAAUCCAAGAAAGACAUUCUUUCACGAAAGAGAUAAUUUCUUUGAAGAAUUUAUUUCAACAGACUGCAGCUUCUUUCCAAAAUAUGGAAUUACAAGACCACCCAGAAAGGGCAGACCAAUUUGAGGAGCUUCAAAGUAUUUUUAAGAAAGGGAAGCUAACUUUUGAGAAUAUUAUGGAAAAACUGCGCAUGAAGUAUUCUGAAAUGUACACCCUAGUCCCUGCAGAGAUUGAAUCCCAGGUGGAAGAAUGCAGAAAAGCUUUAGAAGACAUAGAUGAGAAGAUUAGCAAUGAAGUUUUGAAAAGUUCACCCUCGUAUACAAUGAGUAGAAAAAUAGAUGAAAUUAACAAUGGGCUUCACGAUGUUGAAAAGAUGUUGCAGCAGAAAAGCAAAAAUAUUGAGAAAGCUCAAGAAAUUCAAAAGAAAAUGUGGGACGAGCUAGAUCUCUGGCAUUCCAAGCUAAAUGAGCUGGAUUCUGAAGUGCAGGACAUUGUUGAACAGGAUCCAGGACAGGCUCAAGAAUGGAUGGAUAACUUGAUGAUUCCUUUCCAGCAAUAUCAGCAAGUAUCCCAGAGGGCAGAAUCUAGAACCUCACAGGUAAACAAGGCCACGGUUAAGAUGGAGGAAUAUCAUGACCUUUUGAAGAGUACUGAGGCUUGGAUAGAAAACACCAACCGUUUGCUGGCUAAUCCUGCUGAUUAUGAUUCUUCAAAGGCACUGAGUCAGCAUGCUAGUACCCUUCAGAUGGCUUUGGAAGAUUCAGAACAAAAACACAAUAUUUUGUAUUCAAUUUUCACGGAUCUAGAAGAUUUGUCAAUAAUUUUUGAAACCGAUGAUUUAGCACAGUCUGUACAAGAGUUAAAUCAUCAAGUAGCAGCUUUACAACAAAAAAUCAUGGAAAGCCUUCCACAGAUUCAGCGGGUGGCUGAUGAUGUGGUUGCUAUUGAAACUGAAGUAAAAUCAAUAGAGAAAAAAGUUUCAAAAAUCAAAGCUAUCCUCUUAUCGAAAGAAAUAUUUGAUUUUUCACCAGAAGAACAUCUUAAGCAUGGGGAGGUCAUACUUGAAAAUAUACGUCCCAUGAAGAAAGCCAUUGCUGAACUGGUGUCUUACCAAGUGGAACUGCGGUGGACCCAGAUGGGAAUGAAACCUCUACCUGUGUUUCAGCGGACAAAUCAGCUUUUACAAGAUAUAAAACUGAUGGAAAAUGUGACUCAGGAACAAAAUGAAUUAUUAAAGAUUGUCAUAAAACAGACUGAUGAAUGCAAUGAGGAAAUAGAAAAUUUGAAGCAGAUCUUAAAUAAUUAUUCAACUGAGUUCUCCCAUGAGCGUAUAUCACCAGAUCAAGCUACCAACCUGCCGCAAGUACAGGGAAAUAUCAAAGGUAUGGAAAAGCAGAUUCUGAGUUUGACCCAGAAGAGAGAGGACCUGCUGGUGGACUUGAAGGCUGCCAUACUAAACCUUCACCAGCAUUUACAGCAGGACCAGCAAGAAUCAGAACAAGAAAUGCCAUCAACUGGAGCAUCAGAAGAAGAAGGAGUGGCUGAGAGGGAUGUUUCUGAAUGGAAGUUGAACAAAACAAGUUCCAUGUCUUUCCUGCCGGCACUCAAGGAAGAGGUGGAAGAGAGCUCCCUGAAGAGUGAAAAUGGAGAUAAGAAGGCAAAGCCAUCUUCUGGGUCUUUACUCUGGAAGCAUGAUGGGGACAUGGAGGAAGACAGAGCAUCCUCAUCCUCUGGAACCAUCAUUCAGGAAGCAGUUGAGAAAAUAAGCACAUGUGAUAAUCCUAUGGCACAAAUUCUUGCACCAGAUUCACUGAGUCCCAACCAAACAGAGGAGGGUGCCACACCUACUGUCAAGGCUGCUGCUCUGGGCUUUUCCAACGAGCAAGGAGCUUUUGAGACCACGGCGGAGAAAGCUAGGUCCAAGCCUGCGGAAAUCCUCCAUGUCUGCAAGACCAAGGUGGCCAAGCUGGAGCUGUGGCUGCGCCAGGCCAACGUGGCAUUCGAGCCGGAAACAUUAAACGCAGACAUGCAGCAGUUGGUAGAACAGCAGCUGGUAGGGUGCCAGGUCAUGCUAACAGACAUAGAGCACAAGGUUGCCUCUCUGCUAGAGAGCUGCAAAGAUCUAGGGCCAGGAGACAGUGGGGCCACUCAGCAGGAGGCUGAAGCUCUUUCCUUGAAACUAAAGACUGUGAAAUGCAAUUUGGAAAAAGUCCAGAUCAUGCUUCAGGAGAAAUACAGUGAAGACCAGCAUUCUACUACUCUAAAGAAACCUUCAGAGCAUCCAAAUGAUCUCCAAGCAGAUAACCUUUCUGAAUUUGAAUCGAUAGUAAUUGAAAGGCCACAGUUCGGCAAACAAAAAGAUUUCCAGCAGCAACAGGUUCUGGAGUUAAAACCAAUGGAACAGAAAGAUUUCAUCAAAUUCAUAGACUUUAAUGCCAAGAAAAUGUGGCCACCAUAUUGCCAACCUGAUGAAAAUGUAACUCAGAAAUCAACUGAAAGCAUGAGGGCAUCCAGCCUUGAAAACUGUGCUCCAGGCUCAGUCUUGUCAACUCAGGACGAAAGUGGGGAUAAGUGGCAAUAUUUACAUCAUGAACUCUCAUCAAAAAUCGGGCUACCACCACCCAAGCAGGUGCAGCCUCAGGUUGCCACAAAUAUGAGUGUUCUACCCAAUGUGGGCAUGUAUAACUUUAGAUACCCAACAACUGAAGAACUGAAAACAUAUACCACACAACUUGAAGACCUGCGUCAAGAAGCAAAUAAUCUGCAAACUCAGGAAAACAUGACAGAAGACACAUACAUAAAUUUGAAUACAAAAUUAUUUGAGCUAUUCCUGACCCUCAGUCAGUGCCUUGGCAGUGUGGAGGAGAUGCUGCAGACACCUGGGCUCUCCAGAGAGGAUGUCUGUGCUCAGCAGGCACACUAUGAGACACUGGCUCUUGAGUUAAAAAAACUUUACUUAGCUAUGGGUGACAAGAAGGAUGAUCUUGUGAAAGCCAUGACUUGGCCUGAGAGGAACACCAACCUGUUUCUUGAGUGUUUUAAUAACCUCCAAGUCUACCUGGAGCAUACCCAGGUCGCAGCUGCCUCUAGAAGCAAGUCUCUGAAAGCUGGCCUCGACUAUAACCGCAGUUAUCAGAAUGAAAUAAAGCGAUUAUAUGAUCAACUUAUUAAGAACAAAACAUCUUUACAGCAGUCUUUGAAUGAAAUUAGUGGCCAGAGUAUUGAUGAACAGCUUCAGAAAGCCGAUGCAUAUACAGUGGAGCUGCAGAACUCUGAGAGCCGAGUGGCAAAACUAAGAGACGAAGGGGAGAGGCUUCAUUUACCAUAUGCUUUAUUGCAAGAGGUUUACAAAUUAGAGGAUGUACUUGACAGUAUGUGGGGAAUCCUGAGAGCCAGGUACACAGAACUCAGCAGCCCUUGCAUCACUGAAAGGCAGGAAAAUGCUCUGUUGAGAGGCAUGGUGGAACUAGUGGAUAUCGGAAAGGAAAAGCUUGCUCAUGACUACUUACAACAGGCCAAAAGUAAAGUUGCGUUACAGGCUCAAAUACAAAAUCACAAGCUUUUUUUCCAGAAACUUGUUGCUGACAUGCUGUUGAUCCAAACAUUUUCCAACAAAAUGCUUCCUUCUUUAUUGCAAAAGAAAGAAACAUUCUGGGCAGAACAAAUAAAAGAGAUUAAAACACUGGAGGAAAGGUCACACCAGUGUGGAAUAAAGCUGCAGAGUUUGCUACAGAAAUGGGAAGAAUUUGAUGAAAACUAUACAUCUCUCGAAAAGGAUCUGGAAAUUCUGGUAUCAACAUUGCCCUCCGUGAGUUUGGUGGAAGAGACAGAGGAAAGAUUAGUGGAAAGGAUUUCAUUUUACCAGCAAAUAAAAAGAAACAUUGAUGAAAAGCAUGCCCGGCUUUACCAAACUCUGAAUGAAGGCAAACAGCUGGUGGCAUCUGUGAGCUGUCCUGAACUAGAGGGCCAGAUUACAAAGCUAGAAGAGCAGUGGCUGGCCCUAAACAAAAAAAUUGACCAUGAACUACACAGACUACAAACACUUCUCAAGCAUCUGCUCAGUUAUAACAGAGAUUCGGAUCAGUUAACCAAAUGGUUGGAAUCUUCUCAGCAAACUCUGAAUUACUGGAAGGAACAAUCCCUCAAUGUGUCUCAGGACUUGGAUACAAUCAGAAGCAACAUAAACAACUUUUUUGAGUUUUCAAAGGAACUUGAUGACAAGUCCUCCUUGAAGACCGCAGUUGUAAGUACUGGGAGCCAGCUUCUUCAUCUGAAAGAAGCCGAUACGGCCACGCUGAGAGCUUCUUUAGCACAGUUUGAACAAAAAUGGACAAUGCUCAUAACUCAGCUUCCAGAUAUUCAAGAAAAACUUCACCAGCUUCAGAUGGAGAAAUUGCCAUCUCGUAAAGCAAUCAUGGAAAUGAUUAGCUGGAUGAACAAUGUGGAACAUCAAACUUCAGAUGAAGACUCUGAGUGCUCACUGAGUUCUGCAUCUCAAGUGAAAAGUCUUCUUCAGAAGUACAAGGAGUUCAGAAUGGAAAUGGACUAUAAACAAUGGAUCGUUGACUUUGUGAACCAGUCAUUACUUCAGUUAAGCACCUGUGAUGUAGAAAGUAAGCGCUAUGAGAGAACAGAGUUUGCAGAGCACCUGGGAGAGAUGAACCGCCAAUGGCACCGGGUACAUGGAACACUAAAUAGAAAGAUACAACAUUUAGAACAACUUUUGGAAAGUAUCAGUGAGAAUGAAAACAAAAUACAGAUUUUGAACAACUGGAUGGAGGCGCAGGAGGAGAGACUGAAAACUUUACAAAAACCUGGAAGUGUGAUCUCAGUGCAGAAGAUGCUCCUGGAUUGUCAGGAUAUAGAAAAUCAACUUGCAAUUAAAUCCAAAGCCCUGGAUGAGUUGAGACAAAGUUACCUGACUUCGGAGAGUGGGACAAUGCCACUAUUAGAAGACACAGCAUCCAGAAUUGAUGGGUUAUUUCAAAAAAGGAGCACUGUUAUCAACCAGGUCAAUGAACUCAAGACCUCCAUGCAGUCUGUUUUACAGGAGUGGAAGGUUUAUGAUAAACUGUAUGAGGAAGUGACGAUGAUGACAAUCCGAUUCUGGUACUGCAUGGACCACAGCAAGCCUGUGGUUUUAUCAUUAGAGGCCUUAAGAUGCCAGGUUCAGAACCUUCAGUCUCUUCAAGAUGAAGCUGAGAGCAGUGAAGGAAGUUGGGAGAAACUGCAGGAGGUGAUUAGAAAACUCAAAGAUCACUGCCCCUCGGUUGCUGAAAUAAUUGAAGAGAAAUGCCAAGAUACUCAUGCCAGGUGGACCCAGGUAAACCAAGACAUCGCGGAGCAGUUGCAGAAGGCCCAGAGUCUGCUACAGCUCUGGAAGGCCUAUAACAGUGCUCACACCGAAGUCGCAGCAAGGCUGGAGCAGCAGGAAGCAAAGUACCAACAGCUUGAAAACAUCAACAUGUCUGGAAACAACCUGGCAGAGAUCCUGACCUCAGCCCUGCAGGAUGUAAAGGAGCUGCAGCAGGAUGUACAGAAGACAAAAGAAGCCUUUCUCCAGAAUUCCACUCUCCUGGAUCGACUUACACAACUCACAGAGUCUAGCUCCCACGUGCCCCUCUCUACACAACUUCACUCCCUGCAGAGGGCUUCUUACUUGGAAAAGAUGCUACUUGUGAAAGCUAAUGAAUUUGAGUUUGUUCUGUCACAAUUCAAGGAUUUUGGGGACCGGUUGGAAUCUUUAAAAGGUCUCAUUAUGCGUGAAGAAGAGAAUUUGGAUAAACUUUACCAUCAAGAAAAAGAAGAAAACCCUGAUUUAUUCCUGAAACAUGUGCUGGCACUGACGGCCCAAUCACCUGAUGUUGAACAUUUGAAUGCAGUAAGCCUCAAGCUCCCACUUAGUGACAUAGCUGUAAAGACGUUACAAAAUAUGAACCGACAAUGGAUUCGGGCCACAGCAACAGCACUGGAACGCUGCAGUGAGCUUCAGGGAAUUGGACUGAAUGAAAAGUUUCUUUGUUGCUGUGAAAAAUGGGUCCAGCUUUUGGAGAAGAUAGAAGAGACCCUCAAGGUGAAUAUUGGCAACAGCCUCCCAGCUCUCCUGGAACAGCAGAAAACAUAUGGGAUGUUAGAAGCUGAAGUUUCUAUAAACCAGACAAUUGCUGAUUCUUAUGUUACCCAGUGCUUACAACUCUUGGACACAACAGAGAUAGAGAAGAGACCGGAAUUUAUUUCAAAGUUCACGAAGCUGAAGGACCAGUGGCAGAAUGCUGCCCAGCGCAUCCAGCAGAGGAAGAGUGACAUCGAUGGGCUGGUGGGGCAGUGGCAGUACUUCACCACCUCUGUGGACAACCUGUUCCGCUUCCUCACCGACACCUGCCACCUGCUGUCUGCCGUGAAGAGCCAGGACUGCUAUGGCCUCCACCAAACUAGGAGGCUGAUCCGGGAGCUGAAGAGCAAAGAAAUUCAUUUCCAGAGGCAGCAGACUACCUUUGAACUAACUUUAGAAGCUGGGGAGAAGUUACUGAACACAGCUAACCUGGAAACUCAAGACUUGAUCGAAAAGAAAAUAAGUCAAAUUCGGGACAACUGGGAGAACACAAAGCUCCAAGUAGGCGAGAUGAUUCAACAGUUGCAGAGCAAUGUAGAGACUUGGGGCCAGUGUGAAAAGAAAAUCAAGGAGUUGAAAAGCAGGCUGCAAGUUAUAAAGGCACAAAGUAGAGAUCCUCUUCCAGAACUUCAUGAGGACCUCCAUAGAGAAAAAGAGCUGAUUAAGGAACUAGAGAAGUCUUUGGGCAACUGGACUCAGAACUUGAAAGAACUUCACACUAUGAAGACCGACUUAACCCAGCACAUUCUUGUGGAGGAUGUGUUGGUUUUGGAGGAGCAAACAGAGCAUUUGCACAGACAAUGGGAGGACCUCUGCUUAAGAGUGGCCAUACGCAAACAGGAGAUUGAAGACAGACUCAAUUCAUGGAUUGUGUUCAAUGAAAAAAAUAAAGAGUUGUGCGCAUGGCUGGUGCAGAUGGAAAACAAAGUUCUGCAGACGGCAGAUAUUAGUAUUGAAGAAAUGAUUGAAAAGUUGCAGAAGGACUGCAUGGAAGAAAUAAACUUGUUUAGUGAAAACAAGUUACAAUUAAAACAGAUGGGUGACCAGUUGAUCAAGGCCAGCAACAAAACAAGAGCAGCUGAGAUCGAGGACAAGCUGAGCAAAGUCAAUGACCGCUGGCAGCAUCUUUUUGAUGUCAUUGGAUCAAGGGUGAAGAAGCUGAAGGAGACCUUUGCUUUUAUUCAGCAGUUAGACAAAAACAUGAGCAACCUUCGUACCUGGUUGGCUCGAAUCGAGUCAGAGCUUUCUAAGCCCGUCGUCUAUGACGUCUGUGACGAUCAAGAGAUCCAGAAGAGGCUUGCUGAGCAGCAGGACCUGCAGCGAGACAUCGAACAACACAGUGCGGGAGUAGAGUCUGUGUUUAACAUCUGUGAUGUCCUCCUGCAUGACUCCGAUGCCUGUGCCAAUGAGACUGAAUGUGACUCCAUUCAGCAGACCACCAGAAGCUUGGACCGACGCUGGAGGAAUAUCUGUGCCAUGUCAAUGGAACGACGAAUGAAAAUUGAGGAGACAUGGCGCCUGUGGCAGAAAUUUCUAGAUGAUUACUCCCGUUUUGAGGACUGGCUCAAGUCAGCGGAGAGGACAGCAGCCUACCCGAAUUCCUCGGAGGUGUUGUAUACAAAUGCCAAAGAAGAGCUGAAGAGGUUUGAGGCCUUCCAGCGGCAGAUCCACGAGAGGCUCACGCAGCUGGAGCUCAUCAACAAGCAGUACCGGCGGCUGGCCCGGGAGAACCGCACCGACACGGCCAGCAAGCUGAAGCACAUGGUGCACGAGGGCAACCAGCGCUGGGACAACCUCCAGAAGCGGGUCACGGCUGUCCUGCGGAGACUCAGACAUUUCACCAACCAAAGGGAAGAAUUCGAGGGGACCAGGGAGAGCAUUCUGGUGUGGCUCACAGAGAUGGACCUGCAGCUGACCAACGUGGAGCACUUCUCAGAGAGUGAUGCUGAUGACAAGAUGCGCCAGCUGAACGGUUUCCAACAAGAAAUUACAUUAAACACCAACAAGAUUGAUCAGCUCAUCGUUUUUGGGGAGCAGCUGAUACAGAAGAGCGAGCCCCUGGAUGCCGUGCUGAUCGAGGACGAGCUGGAGGAGCUGCACCGGUAUUGCCAGGAGGUCUUUGGCCGGGUCUCCCGGUUCCACCGCAGGCUGACCUCCCACACUCCGGGAUUGGAAGAAGAAAAAGAGGCCUCAGAGAAUGAAACGGACAUGGAGGACCCCAGAGAAAUCCAGGCUGACUCCUGGCGUAAAAGGAGAGAGAGUGAGGAGCCCUCGUCUCCCCAGUCCCUUUGUCACCUGGUGCCCCCGGCGCCGGGGCCUGAGCGGUCUGGCUGCGAGACCCCUGUCAGCGUGGACUCCAUCCCUCUGGAAUGGGAUCACACAGGGGACGUAGGGGGCUCCUCCUCUCACGAAGAUGACGAGGAAGGCCCAUACUACAGCGCGCUGUCAGAUGUAGAAAUCCCUGAAAAUCCUGAGGCAUAUCUUAAAAUGACCACAAAAACUUUGAAAGCAUCUUCUGGUAAAUCCAUUUCUGAGGACCACUCAUGGCAUGUUCCUGACAGCCCUUCCUGCCCCAAGCAUCACUACAAACAAAUGGGAGGUGAUAGGAAUGUACAAACCAUCCCCUCAGAUUCCAGCACCCCUUAUAAACCGGCCUAUGUAAAGCUGCUGCUAUCCCCGGGCACUGAUGGUGGUAAAGAAGGCUCUAGAGUCUUGAAUGGCAGCUCACGGCAGGAAGACGAAGGACUGGCUGCUCUCACCAGGCAGCAGUCAGGUGCCUUUGACAGAUGGGAGCUUAUUCAAGCACAAGAACUUCACAAUCAACUCCGAAUAAAACAGAACUUGCAGCAGCUGAACUCUGAGAUCAGUGACAUCACCACUUGGCUGAAAGAAACUGAAGCAGAGCUAGAGACAUUAAAGGCGGCAGAGCCUCCCUCUGAUAUCCGGGAAAUGCAGCUCCGAGUGAAGCGGCUCAAGGAGAUCUUAAAAGCCUUUGACACCUACAAGGCUCUAGUGGUCUCCGUCAACACGAGCAGCCAGGAAUUUCUGCAGACUGAGAGCGCGGAGUCCAACGAGCUCCAGGGUAGAGUUGGCCAGCUGGGGCUGCUCUGGGACGCGGCACAGGGAGCUGUGGAGAGCUGGAGAGAGGGCUUACGGCAGUCCCUCAUGCAGUGCCAGGACUUCCAUCAGUUGAGUCAAGAUCUGUUGCUAUGGUUAGCAAGUGCUGAGAGCCGGAGGCAGAAGGCUCAUGUCACUGACCCAGAGGCCGACCCACAGGUCCUCCUGGAGUGUCAGGGAGAACUGAUGCAACUGGAAAAGGAGCUCGUGGAACAUCAACCUCCAGUAAACACUUUACGAGAGAUUUCAGACAGUCUUCUUACUAAGGGGCAUGGAAAAGACUAUAUUGAGGCUGAAGAGAAGGUACAUGUUAUUGAGAAGAAACUCAACCAGUUACUGGAGCAAGUGUCCCAAGAUUUAAUGUCCUUGCAGGGAAGCCAGAACCCGGAUCCAUCUCUGCCCAGCUUGGACGAGGUAGACUCCGGAGACCAGCCUCCAGGAGCAUCCGUGCCAGCUCCCCAAGCACAGCAGUGUGGAGCAGAGAGAAUGACAAAAGACCAGAAUAAGAUGGACAGCAGGGUGCCCGGCCCUGCUUGCCCCGGCAGCUCCCGGCCACAGCGCUCCUUCGUGUCGCGGGUGAUCCGGGCCGCACUGCCCCUACAGCUUCUCCUCCUGCUGCUGCUGCUCCUGGCCUGCCUGCUGCCCUCCUCCGAAGAGGACUACAGCUGCACCCAGGCCAACAACUUCGCCAGGUCCUUUUACCCCAUGCUGAGGUACACCAACGGGCCCCCUCCCACCUAGAGGCCCCGCCUGGCCUGCAGCACCGCACCACCAGCCCGUUCUCAUGGGUGCCCAACUCGUGGCCCCAGACCGGUCAGUGAGGGGCCCUUAGCGUUGGCCUGACCUAGGGACCUGCUGCGGACCCGGCCUCCAGGCUCAGCAGAGAGGGCUCUCACUCUCGGGAUCCAGGGCAGCUUUCAGCUGCUCUUCCUCCCUGGGGGCCGGGAGCCUGGGCAGCAGUUACCUCGGGCAGUUUGGCAAAACUAGUCAAUUGGUCUCGGGAUCUGUGGAAACUGCAGUUUCCCCAAAGAGCCAAGCACUCUGUGAAAUUCUGAUUUAUCUGUAAAACACUAUCAAAGUGUAGCUCAUAUGCUCCAUGAACAGUAGCAUUCAUCACAUAUUACAGAAACAAGCAAGUAGAUUCCACCUUAGAAAUGGUUCAGAAACUCACAGGCACCCUUAGCUGAUUGAUUGAAACAAUCAUAUUUAAAAUAUUUAGAAUUAAUGUUACUCCAAUCAGCUAGCAGUCUUGAGCUACAGGUUAUAAACCAAAAUGUUCUGUUCUGUACUUAGGUCUGCUCUUUUAUAUUGCUUUAAAUUUUUAAAAAAAUUAUAUUGCAUGGAUGUGGUUAUUUGUGCAUAUUUUUUAACAAUGCUGAAUCUGUAUGAAUAAUGUAAACUUUGAUUUUUUUAAAAAAAUCAGAUUUUAGCUUGAGCUUUUGACUAAUGUACAGUAAAUGCCAAACUACUUGAUUAGGGAUGUUUUUGUAAGUUAAUUUUAUAAGACUUUUCACCUUUUAAGUGAUGCUUCAGGUUUUGUUUAGCUAUUUGGCCAUGGGGUGGGGGGUUGUUACCAAAACUUGAAGCUAUUUGUGGUAUGUAUGUUUCUCAUUAAAACAAACAAAAAAAUA